AUGCAACCACCCAAACAACCAAACAACCAAUCAACCAACCAAUCAACCAACCAUGCAACCAAACAAUCAACCAGCGAUCCAACCAAUCAACCAACCAUGCAACCAACCAACCAACCAAUCAAACAACCAAUCAAACAACCAAUCAAACAACCAAACAUUUCCCAAUGUUCAUUCUCUUGCUGUUUCUUUCUCAUUUGUGAUUUUCUUUCAUUUUCUCUUCUCGCUAUUUUUCUCUUUUUAUAUCUUUAUUUCCUCAUCUUUCCACCUCUCUUUCAGUCCUUGGUGUCUUUCCUUUCUGAUGCUCCCUCUUUCCCAACACCUUCCUCUCUCUCUCUCUCUCUCUCUUUCGCACUCUUUCUUUUCUUUUCAUUUAUUUCUUUAUCCCUUCACUUUUCUCGCCUCUCUUUCAUUUCUUCUCAUUUAUUUUCUUCACGCAUACCCCUCUCUCUCUUUCAUUCCUUCUCUUUCUUAUCUCUCUCUCAUGCCGUUUUCACUCUUUCCAUCUCUUCAAUCAGUUCAUCUCUCCCAUAUUCUCCCCCUCUCAUUCUCUUUUCAUUAGUUCCCUACUACUCUAUCAUUCUAUUUUCCCCUCCCUCACUCACUCGUUGCUUGUCUCUUUCUUUUUCUUUUUUUCUUUCCUUUUUUGCUACCACUUCUAUCUAUCCACCUUCCCCUCUCUCUCUCUCUUUCACAAUCUUCUUCCUUUCCUUCUCAUUCAUUUCCUUAUCCCUUCAUUUUCUCUCAACUCUUUUUCAUUUCCUCUUAUUUAUUCCCUUCUCUAUCCCCGCCUGCUUUUCUCUCUCUUUCUCAUUCAUUCUUUUCUUAUAUCUCUCAUGCCGUUUUCUCUCUUUCCUUCUCUUCAGUAGUUCAUCUUUCUCACCUUCCCUCUUCCACAUUAUCUUUUCAUUAGUUCCUUUUUCAAUACCCUUUCUCUCUUUUUCCUUCUCUCACUUUAAUGCCUUUACUCUUUUAUUCUCUCAUUUUAAUUUAUUCUUCCUUUCUUUCUUUAAUUCUUCCUUUUUCUUCUCUUACCAUUUCAUACCCUUUCCUUUUCUCUUAUCACUCUAUCAAUCUAUAUAUCCCACCCCCAUUCACUCGUUCCUUGUCUCUUUCUCGUUUUUCUUUUUUCUCUCUAUAUCUCUUUCCUACUCUCUUCCUUCUCUCUCCCUUUUAUACGCUUUGGUGUCUUUCCUUCUCUUUUCUUUUAAUUUUAACCCUCUCUAUUUAUCUUUUCCUUCAUCUCUCUUCCUUAUCUGUCCUUAA